AUGGUCGCCAGCAACGACAAGCAAGUUUCUGUCACCGCCAGACAGCAAAAGAAACGACCAAUUGACGCUUCAGUGAGUGAAGUACCAGAGACGAAAAAGCCAAAACUAUCAGAGCGUACCGAUCAUGCUCGCUGGCGCUUGUUGGAUGAGAAAGGCAGGCAGACCUGGCAUUAUCUCGAGGAGGACGAAGAAGUGAAGGAAUGGCCUCAAUCCAAGGCCGACAAGUAUUUUCUUGGUCUGCCAUUGGAACUUCCUGACUUGUCAUCUGCAAAAACCCCCCUCGAUUCGGUCAAGAAUGGAUUGGAAUUCUUUCAACAUCUGCAACUCCCUCCUGGCAAUUGGGGCUGCGAAUAUGGUGGACCAAUGUUUCUGCUACCGGGCUUUGUCAUAGCUUGGUAUGUCACAGAGACAGAAAUACCAGAUUCCAUUGCCAUCGAAAUGAAGAAUUACAUUUUCGCCAGAGCCGAACCUGAGGACGGAGGGUGGGGACUUCAUAUUGAGGGCGAGAGUACAGUUUUCGGGACUGCAAUGAACUAUACGGCUUUACGGAUUCUGGGCGUUAGUGAGGAAGAUCCACGCAUGAUCAAGGCCAGAGGCACAUUGCACAAGAUGGGCGGAGCGAAAUGCGGCCCUCACUGGGCGAAAUUCUGGCUGAGCGUGCUUGGUGUCUGCAAAUGGGACAUUGUGAAUCCGGUCCCGCCCGAGUUCUGGCUUUUGCCUGAUUGGAUGCCAAUGGCACCAUGGCGCUGGUGGAUUCACAUGCGAAUGGUCUAUCUCCCCAUGUCCUUCAUCUGGUCUAAACGAUGGACGUACAAGGAAACCCCGCUGGUGCGACAACUGCGACAGGAGCUUUUCGCAGAGCCAUAUGAGUCAAUUGAAUGGACAAGCCAUCGAAAUAGCAUAAGCGAGAAGGAUAACUAUCAUCCAAAGUCAUGGGUCUUACGGGCUGCGAAUUGGUUUCUCAUAAACAUUCACAUACCCUUUACCAGGACCAACGCGUUAGUGAAAGUGGCCGAAGAUUGGUGUUGGGACAUGAUAAAGAUGGAAGACAAGAACACAGAUUACUCUGAUCUUGCUCCAGUCAAUGCUCCCAUGAAUUUUCUUGCUUGCUAUAUCCAGGAGGGCCCAAAAGCAUACUCGGUGCAACGUCACCGCGACCGACUAGCAGAUUACCUCUGGAUGAAGGACGAAGGUAUGUUAGUAAAUGGCACCAAUGGGGUUCAAUGUUGGGAUACUUCAUUCCUUAUUCAAGCUGUCAUGGAUGCUGGACUGGCUGAGGAUCCAAAAUGGAGACCAAUGCUCACUCGAGGGCUGGAAUUUCUUGAAGAUCAACAGAUGCGCGAGAAUGUCGAUGACCAAGCCAAAUGCUACAGACAACAGCGCAAAGGCGGAUGGGCAUUCAGUAAUAAGGACCAAGGAUAUGCUGUCAGUGAUUGCAUUUCUGAGGCUCUGAAAGCUGUCUUGCUCCUUCAGCGAACACCAGGAUACCCUACACUUCUCGAUGACCAGCGAAUAUUUGAUGCCAUCGAUACACUACUGACAUAUCAGAACCCGUCCGGUGGAUGUGCCUCAUAUGAGCCUACUCGUGGCUCUGAGUAUUUGGAAGUAUUCAAUGCUGCCGAAGUCUUCGGCAGAAUUAUGAUCGAGUAUGAUUACCCAGAAUGUACCACCGCUGUUGUAACGGCUCUGUCUUUGUUCACGAAGUACUACCCGGAUUAUCGGACGGAACAUAUCAAAGUCUUCAAGGAAAGAGCAGUGGGUUACAUCCGAAAUGCUCAGAAGCCUGAUGGAAGCUGGUAUGGGAGUUGGGGAAUCUGCUUCACCUACGCUGGAAUGUUUGCCCUUGAAAGUCUCGCCAGUAUCGGAGAGUUUUACGAAAAUAGCAAGCACUCCAAGGACGGUUGCGAUUUUCUGAUCUCGAAACAAAGGGCAGAUGGUGGCUGGUCCGAGAGCUAUCGGUCAUGCGAGACAAACACCUAUGUUGAGCAUCCAACAGGUUCGCAGGUUGUCAUGACUGCUUGGGUGGUCAUCGCUUUGCUUGAGGCUCACUAUCCAGACCGUGCCCCUAUCGAGAAAGGUCUGAAAUUGAUCAUGAGUAGGCAGCAAUCCAAUGGAGAGUGGCUGCAAGAGGCUAUAGAAGGCGUUUUCAACAAGAGCUGCAUGAUUUCAUACCCGAACUACAAGUUCAUUUUCCCGAUUAAGGCUUUGGGCAUGUUUGCCAAACGGUAUGGAGAUGUAGCUUUGGUAUGA